AACAAAUAAAUUUUUUAAAACUUUAUCGGUACUUAUUUGCGCGAUACAUUUUAAAUACAAGUGCGCAACGCUGAAUUGAACACAACUGACAAACAUCUCGUUGAAAUGGGACGUUUUUGUUUUAUCGUAUUAACUGCAGCGUGGCUCGUCGUCGCUAAGGCAGAUGCGACUGACGACGUCACGGAGCCUCCUUGUGCGGACAGCGAGAUAUUAGACAAGUGCCCCGUGGACUGUCCUUCUGAUUACUGUCCAACGAGCCGAUGCGAUGACCAGUCAAGCUGUCCGAAGCCUGCGAGCGCCGACUGUCCAGCGCCAGCCUGCAAAUGUAGAUUUAACUACAGACGCGCAGCCAACGGAACGUGCAUACCGACUAGAGAAUGCCCUCCUUUCGAUUGUGACGGUGAUAAUGAAGAGUACAAUCCCUGCCCUCCUUUCUGCCCCGGAGAGAGCUGUUCGCAGGCGACGGAGGAUGGGGAGUGCCAUCUUGUUGGAAGAAUAGGCAUCGUAUUGCCGUGCAAACCAGCCUGUAGAUGUAAAAAGUACUUCUGGAGACAGGACGGAGUCUGUGUGCCAUACGAACAAUGUACUACUUGUCCAGAAAACGAAGAACGCACCUGCCUUCAAGGUUUAUGCAGACCUCAGAAGUGCAUCGAAAAAAAUGAUAUCAUCUUCUGCCAAUUAGUUGAUGAGGAGAAGUGCGAAUAUGGAUGUGCCUGCAAAAUAGGAUAUCUGAGAGACGAAAAUGGAACUUGUAUACCGCAAGACAAGUGUCCAACUGUGCCUUGUCCAGUGAAUGAAUACUUCACGAACUGCGCUAAGGGCAUGUGUCGUCAGGAGAACUGCACAGAGCUGGGCAAGUUGUCUGAAUGUAAAACGCAAUCGACAGAGCUGUGCGAGCCGGGCUGCGUUUGUGAAGGGGGCUUCUUGAGAUCAAAAAACGGAACGUGCGUAUCUAUCGAUGAAUGCCAUAGGGAACUAUGUCCCGUGAACGAAGUGUACUCGAGCUGUCGACAGCCCAAUUGUAAUUCUGAUAAAUGCGAGUACAAAUACAGGUCACAGUCGUGUCCCUCGGACGAACCCUGCGAAGUCGGUUGUGUUUGUAAAAGAGGAUUUCGUAGGGCUGACAAUGGCACCUGUGUCGAUGAAAGAGAUUGUGAAUCCCAGCUUUGUUCAGUAAAUGAACAGUAUUUAAGUUGCAUCCAAGCUGUUUGUCGGGUCGAGAAGUGUUCAGACCUGGGGGGAUCCCUCAGUUGCAAGGGGGUGUCGGAAAGGGAAUGCGUCGGUGGCUGCGUCUGUAAGGACAACUACUUCCGAGCUAAAAACGACACUUGUAUUAAACUCAGUGAUUGUGACGCUGACCUUUGCUCUGAAAAUGAAAUACACGUGAACUGUGUCCUAGCACAGUGUGGCCCAAUGACGUGCUCAGAGAAGGACGGUCCUAUGUACUGCCCAUCGGUGGACCAAAAGUCCUGCAAAGCCGGAUGCGUGUGUAAAGAGGGAUAUCUAAAAGACGAUAGCGGUAAAUGUGUCGCCCGAGAAAAUUGCCCAAAUUUACCGAGUUGCACACGGCCCCACGAGAAACAUGCCUUCGUGAUGGAUUGUCCGCCCGAACGGUCGUGCAAAAACAGAGGGAUCAAGUUCAGUUGUCUCGCCGACCAGAAACGUGAACAGAAAUGCGUUUGUGACGAAGGCUACGUACGGAACGAAAGUAACGAAUGUAUAGAAGAGGAAAACUGUGUACCGAGUUGCACACGGCCCCACGAGAAACAUGCCUUCGUGAUGGAUUGUCCGCCCGAACGAUCGUGCAAAAACAGAGGGAUCAAGUUCAGUUGUCUCGCCGACCAGAAACGUGAACAGAAAUGCGUUUGUGACGAAGGUUACGUACGGAACGAAAGUAACGAAUGUAUAGAAGAGGAAAACUGUGAUAAGUGCUCGGAACCGAACGAAGAACACACAGAUUGCAAGAGAACAUGUCCUCCAGAAUUGUGCAUUUCCAUUAUUGCGUUGUUCAAUUGUAAAGCUGACGAACCAUGUGAAGCUGGAUGCGCUUGCAAGCCCGGUCACUACAGACAACAGAACAACACGUCGUGCAUACCAGCGUGUCAGUGUCAAGAAAUGGCGGGAACUCCGGAGUGCCGUGCGACUAUCGAGCAAUGACAAACGCACACGCACAAGGCGCGACCUUACAACGUCAACUUGUUUUUGCCAUAGCCAAUCAAUUUUGUUUCUGCAUAUUAAAGCAAGAGAAUUAAGACAUCAAGGUUUUUGCAUAAUGUAUUUUACUUGGUAUAUAAAGCAAAUAAAUAUCUAAACGCGUG